AGGCCCAGAGAUGACUGCUGUGUGUCACCCGCCCACUCGGUUCCACCAUGUCCACGGGGCCAAUGUCUGUGUUGAUCCUUCAGGCACCCAGGCUACCCGAGUGGAGAGCUUUGCGAACGGCCUGUGCUUCAGCCUUGAGCCUCUGGCACCCGGGCAGAUCUUCUUGGUAGAGAUUGAGGAGAAGGAGCUGGGGUGGUGUGGUCAUCUGCGGGUAGGGCUGACUGCCCAUGAUCCUUGCAGCCUGGAUGUACUGCCUGAGUACUCGCUGCCAGAUCUGGUGAACAUGGGGGACAGCUGGGUGUUUGCCAUCACCCGCAACCACAACCGAGUCACUGUGGGCACUGCCGAGGACCAGGCAACCACCAGGGUGAGGAGUUUCCUCUCCAACCCUUAUUUGCUAAUUGAGCAAGUCAGGAUUCCUCGGGACAAACUGGUGGGUCGGAGCAGGCCUGGCCGCUACAGCCACCUCCUGGACGACUUGUACAAAACAAAUGUACUCCCUGCGACAGCCCGGAGGAGUCGGAUUGGGGUGCUCUACACUUUGCAGCCUGACGGGACAGCCGACAUGCAUAUUGUCAUCAAUGGUGAGGACAUGGGACCUAGUGCCAGGGGUCUGCCUGCUUCCCGCCCCCUGUAUGCCGUGAUUGACAUCUUUGCUUCCACCAAGAGUGUCCGAGUCAUCCAGGUGGAAUAUGGCUUCCCCUCCCUGCAGACUCUUUGCCGGCUGGCCAUCCAGAAACACAUCGCCCACCGACUGGACAUUGAUGGGCUCAACCUCCCCCCAGUGCUGAAGAACUUCUGCAAAUACGAGUGAAGCAGCCAAUGCGCCUGUGCACCCACUGCCCAAGUCGCCUACCCAGGAGACCAGUCUUUUUCAGAGAAUGCACAUGAACAAUUAAACAGUGGUGAAGCCAUGCUCCAUCUUGGCUCCAUCAACAGAAUGCAAGGCUUGUGGGCCUCAGUUCCAAUGUAAUCCUAGGGGCAGCCACCCCUAUGCCACAAGAUACUCCCUGAAAAGACAAAGCUGCUCGUCAAACAACAGGACCCAGAAACGGCAGGAGAGUUCCGAACUAAGGAGGAUUUGAUUUUCAGACUGCAAGAAGAUUUAGUAGCAAGCAGCGCCAGACUGGAACUACUGGCCAAACAGACAUGUACUCAGGGGCCUAGAGGCUGUUGCUAUGGGGAAAGAGUGGUGUAAGGCACAAGGCAGUGGACUUCACUGUAGUUGUGACAGUUCAAUAAAGACUGCCUGAGAAAAGAGCAAGAGGCAUCCUGGGCAUGGUGACUUCACUGCGGCCUUGGCUGCCUUGCCCUCAAGGGCUCCUAAGCAAGGGAUAUUUUCUGUUUCAUUGCUGUACACCGCCCUCAUACUGCAGAAUAUAAAUAUUUUUAUAAACAAACAAACAGAUAGCCUGGUUAUGGAGACAGGCUUAGAAAGAUGCAGCGCCCACUCCGGGCCACCCGAGUCGGAAGAGGCUUAGCCACCCGACUGCCCCCCUUUCAAACUCCCCCAGGAACUACGCCUUGGGCAGAGGGGCAAGGCAGUGGCUGCAUAGUGGCUCUGUGUGACAUAAGGGCCAAGCCCUGUGACACUGGUUCUAGAAUGGGAGGAACUUAAGGACAGGCACAGCACUGGAGCAGCAGCAGCAGGAGAGGCCGGCUCUCAGCUGACACAAUGUCCUAUUAUGGGAUGGGGAAAGUUUCCUCAGGCUUCUUUUCAUCUCU